GCAAAUGACUCAAGUUAUUCUUAAGUAGAGUCAGAAUGCUGCUUAAUAUCAUAUUUUGAUGCUAGGGAAUUUUGGUAAAUUUUCGCUCUUGCGAUCUUAAAAACUAACCCGUUUUCUCACCACCUGACUAAGCGCAACUUCAUUCAAAAUUCGGACUUUUAGCGCUUUUUUGUAUAUCUCUGAAACGACUCAAACGAAUUUUUUUAAAAUCUCUUCACAUAAUCUUCAUAGUGUAUAUAAUAAUGUCUGAAACUUUCAUUAAGAUUGAUUCACUGCAACACCUUGAAAUUUCAAGACAAACCUAUCCUACGAACCGGUCAAAAAUCCGCGCUACAACACUGUUUUGACGUUAAGCUAAUUUUUCCAAAGUAAUGCGGACAAUACAUAUAUCCCUGACUAGUACGUCCGUCUCAGUGUGAGUAUGGUCAAUGUUUUACAUUCAAAAGAUGCGAUAAACUCAAACUAAAAUGUACUGGUCAUGGAGGUAUGUAUAGUGCGCAUUAUCUUGGAAAAAUUAGCAUAACGUCAAACAGGGAAUGUUGUAACGCAGAAUUUUGACAGGUUCGCAGGAUAGGUUUGUCUUGAAAUUUUAAGAUGCUGCAGUAAAUCAAUCUCAAUGAAAGUUUCAGACAUUAUUAUAUACACUAUGAAGAUUAUGUGAAGAGAUUUUAAAAAAACUCGUUCGAGUCGUUUCAGAGAUGUACAGAAAACCGCUAAAAGUCUAAGUUUUGAAUGAAGUUGCGCUUAGACAGGUGGUGAGAAAACGGGUUAGUUUUCAAGAUCGCCAAAACGAAAAUACACCAAAAUUUCCUAGCAUCAAAAUAAAUAUAUUAUAUUCCUAGCGUUUCACUCAACUAAACAGGAACUGCCUUUGGUUGAUUCUUAGUCACGUGGCCUUGACUAAAAUCAAAUGUAUCCCGAUCGUGAUAAAUUACGCAAUGUACCCCCCUCGGGAUACAUUACAGCACGUGAUCAAAGCAUGGUGGAAAGUGGCGUGAUAGAAGGCGGGAAAAACACUGCCAAUUUUCUUUUUCGUGAAUGAACACAACAACACAAACACGAUUCCUCAAGCUAAUAAGCAACGAUUUUUAAAGUUAUCCCAGAAGAGAAACAGCAGCUAGUGGAGGAAAAAGAUACAGAUAAUAUUAACCUGAGAUCAGGCCCAAUGGUUGUCUUUACACUAGGCUGAUAAGUGAGACUUAAGUUUUACUGAACCGAAAAUUCGUGUGUGAAGGACUAAGUAAAAUCUCAAGAAACUUUGCUUUGCAUCUCAUUAAAGUCGGAAAGUUGAAACGAUUCAAGAAAGUUUCAAGCGACUUGAAAACUAUCCUUAUGACCCACUCAGCUGACUUGCGGUUUUGCGGUUUCUUGAGCUUUGAGAAAGGAAAGACACGUCAAUCAAUCUUAAUUUUGUUGCUUGGGAAAAUAACCGGAAGUAAAAAAGAAUCGGUUGUGUGUGAAGCUUUAUUUUACUUGAAGUAAUUAAAAUUUACUUGUCUUGAAAUAUUUAAAAUUGGGCCUGAUAUAAACUCUCUCACGUUUGUGCUCACCGCGGCCAAAUUUUGGCCGUAACUCUGAUUGGCUGUUAGAACAAUGCCACAAGAUCUGAUUGGCUGUUGGAAUCAACGGAAGUUGAAAGCGCUUAUUCCUCGCAUGGUUGUUUUCGCGAAUGAUCAGCCGUCGGCGGAGAGAAGGAUCGAUUUUUCUGUCCUUUUUAUUGUUUUAUGGUCUUAUAGUAGGAAAAUAUCCUUUAAUAUGUGUCAUGGAAAUUCAGAAAAUUCAGAUGGUUGUUCAUAUCUUCUCAGGAUUUGCUUUAUUUACGGGAACUAACGUGAGUGUAUCGCAGAGUUGAAUCUCUCUGCAAGUUGUUGACUGCGAACAAUGUGUAGAAUGUGCCUUGUGAUUUACCAACAAACGAGUGCAAAUCCAGCAAAUACUAUCCAUGUUGAAACUGUUUUCAUUUGAAAGUUUACUUCUCUGAACGGGGUUCUCAAGCGGAGGCUCACUGCGAAAGGAACCUCGAGCUCAGUCACCAACUGUGAAGUAUUACAGCUGGUAUUAGACGAAAAAUAUCGCAUCGCUGUUCAACGAAUUUUUUGUAGGCAUUAUUAUACGUUAGUGGCGCUAGUCUUAACAGCCUUGUUGUUUGCCUUCUCUUUUUACAACUGAUUUCACCUCCGAGAAAUCCGUCCUCAGGGUGGAUUUCAAUUAAGAAAUCCAAAUCCGGAUUUCAUGGAUUUCCUUUUUACCUUUCGAUUGGGAAAUCCGAAAAAGGAUUUGCAAAACUAUUCUCGUGAACAGUGGUCUUGCCAGUUUGCUAAGUAUGCGUGUGCGUGCAAGACCGCUGUUCUAUAAGGACAGUUUUUCAAAUCCUUUUUCGGAUUUCCCAGUCGAACGGUAAAAAUAAAAAUCCAAAAACAGAUAUCUCAGUUUAAAUCCGUUUUCGGAUUUCGCGUUCGACUGCAAUUCCGAAAUCCAGAUUUUAAAAUCUAGAUCCAGAUUUCCCAAUCGAACGCACCCUAAGGCCCGGUUCAGACGCCGCUCCACUCAUGUGCCGAACCUAACUGAUGAAUUAAGUACGGCAAAAGAGCGGCGUCUGAAUCAAUUUCGUAUGGCAGUUUUAGUUUGGUGCGGCAAAAGCGUUAAGUUCGACAGAGUCUGUCGAACUUUUGUCGAACUUAACUUAGGUUCGACACACGAAGAUGUCUAGUGUUGGAUUUUCAGUAGCUGGUCUAGAUCAGAAAAAAUUCGGUGUUAAGGAUUAUUUCUUGUGCCUUUUUUCUAAAAGAAUUGUUUGUAAGAGCGAACCGGAAGUGCAUUUUUACCGGAAAUUACGUUCGCGCGGGAAGAUUGACAGUUUCAAAUAAAAGUCCCCGGAUUUAGGGGACGAGCGCUUACGCCAUGAAAAAAAAUCUUGUGUGGAUGUUUUUUUGUCUUUUUUACGGGAUUUUUUCAAUGGGAACUCUGGACUUUUUUAGGAAGAGGACUGAGAAAAUUUAGGAACCUAAGGAGAAACAUUUCUGGUCCUUCGAAGCCGGAUAAAGUGGAUUAAAAGUUGGAAUUUUCAAAGGAAAACGGUCUUGGACGUGGAGGAUUUGUGUGGCGAGUUGACAGUAGUGUUGUUUUCGUCAAAGGUGAGGAAACUUUGUGGAUUUUACUAAGGAAAUCAGUGGAAAAAUGUCGGACAACGAAGAAGAUUCAGCCGAAGACCGUAUGAUGAAAGUGGAAGCUUUAAAAGCGGAAAAACGGAAAUUAAAAGGGGCGAUAACAAGACAGCUAAAUGAGUUAGCGAGUUGGGUUGCUGGCGUCAGCGGCGGCGUUGAACCAAGAAGUUUUGAAGAAAUUGAAGAAAUUAAAGCUACUUUGGAGCGUUUGGAAAAGAUUAAGGAAAAAACUUUCGAAAUACUGGAAGAAUUACGGACAUUGUAUCAGGAGCUAAAGAACACUGAAAUGCAAGUUAAAGUAGGGGAUGAAGCGGAUGAAUUAAACGAAAGAAUUGAAGGUGAAGCUAGCGCCGCUCGUCGCGUCUUGACUUCAGUAACACGGAACACACGGCCGGUAAGUCCACCAUCUUACUCGAGUAACUCUAACACCAGUUUGCCGCAAAGGAAGGUUGAUAGUGGGGUGAAUAACCUAGAAAGAAUUCGCAUUCCAACAUUUAGCGGGAACAAAACUGAAUUUCAGCACUGGAACGCAACAUUUACGGGUUGCGUGGAUGCAACUGCAAUGUCUGCUCAGUUUAAGAUGUUGAGAUUGGAGGCAUGUUUAGCGGGCGAAGCUUUAGAAACGAUUAAGGGUUUAGGAUAUUCUGAAGCUGCUUAUGAGGCUGCUAAGUCGAGGUUGUUGAGAAAAUACGGUGGAAAUCGUAGGGAAAUUCAGUGUCAUGUAGACGAAUUAAUAAAACUGAAGCCAAUCGGAGAGGAAAAUUCAAAAGAAUUGGAAAAAUUUGCAGACAUGUUGGAGAGGGCAGUGAUAAAUCUACAGGAGAACAGUAGAGCGGCUGAUUUAGAAGCGGGAACUUUGUACACUUUCAUUCUUGAAAAACUGCCAGAGAAAUUAUUGUCUCAAUACAUUCGCUGGGUAAAAGAAAAUAGAAGGGUCGAGUCUCUAAUUACACUCAAAGAUUGGACUGCAGAAGAAGCUGAAUAUCAGAUUCAAGCAACUGAAAUUAAACAUGGUUUAAAAUCAGGAAAUUCAAGCGGCAAAUUUCACAACAGAAGAAGUAAGUCUUUUGGAAGUAACCGAACUGAUGACAAAAAGAGGGGAACAUGCAAAGUAUGUGGGGAAGGCCAUGCUGUAUGGAAUUGCGAUGUCUUUAAAAGCAGAAAAAUUCAGGAAAAAUGGGUUACGGCGAAAAAACUAGGACUCUGUUACAGAUGUUUGGGUGAUGAUCAUCUGGGAGGGGAGUGCCCAAGAAGUAGAGUGUGUAACAUUGAUGGUUGCAGGGACCGACACAACCGGUUGUUACAUGGGAAUCGAAAUGGAAACAACUCUCAGUCUCGACCCCUGGGAACUCAGCCUCAAGAAACUCAGCCUCAAGGAACACGGCCUCAGGGAACCCAGUCCCAGUCAACCCAGCUUCAGUUGGCCAGGACAAUUCAAGGAAGAAGGGAAAUCCAGUCAAACAGAGAUGACAACAUUCUGUCACAAGGAAUUCGAGAACAAAGCGGCGGGCUUAGCACGGAGGGGGAUGCUAACACCAAUUCAACUUCGCUAAAACUACAGAAAGCAGAAAAAGUGGCACUGCGAACUGUUCCAGCAAUCUUGAAACACGGUAGGAAGAGAAUUCUUGUCAAUUGUUUCUUGGAUGAGGGAAGUGACACUACAUAUGUUAAUGAAGAUGUAGUUGAGGAGCUCGGAGUCAAAGGGGAGAAAGAGUUGAUAACUGUGAACGUUGCUAAUGAUCAGGAAGUUCGUUUUCCAUCCAUGACAUUCACUAUUGGAUUAGAGAGUGUUGACGGUAGUGUGGACGCUAAGAUUGUAGCACAGUCUUCUGAGAAAAUCUGCGGUGGGAUGAAAGCAGUCGACUGGGUUAGGAUUAAGGGCAAUUGGAACCAUUUGCAGGACAUUCCAUUCCCAAAGCUCGCGAAUCGGGGAAAGAUUGAUGUGUUGCUCGGAACUGAUAACUAUCAAUUGAUGUACCCCAAGAGAGAAGUGAUUGGUGGAGCCGAGGAGCCAUGUGCACGACUUUGUCCUCUCGGGUGGACGGCAGUGGGGAGGAUAAAUAUGGAGAACACAGGAGCAGAUCACCACACCAGUUUGUGUCAUACUUUUCGCAUGCAACAGUUUGGAGAAGUGGCACAGACAGUGGAACAGUCAGAUGAUUUGAAUGCGUUGUUGAAGAGAUUCUGGGACCUGGAAACCAUGGGAAUUAUACCUCCUAAACCGGUUAUGACUAGUGACGAAACAGCAGCCUGGCAUAAAGUGAGCAAGUCAAUCAAGUUCGAGAAUGAUCAUUACGUAGUAGUUGUUCCUUGGCAGAAUGAGCGACCAAGCCUUCCAAACAACAGGCCGUUAGCUGAGAAGCGCUUGGAGUCCACAGAACGAAAAUUGGCAAAGAAUCCAGAAAUAGCAGAGUCAUAUCAGAAAGUCAUUGAAGAAUAUUUGGAGAAGAAUUACAUCCGCCGAGUGCCGCCAGAUGAGCCGACACCCACUGAAGAAUGGUUACUUCCCCAUUUUCCCGUUGUGCGUGCUGACAGGACUACAACGAAAACGAGGAUUGUAUUUGAUGCGUCAGCUAAGUUCCAAGGAAAGAGUUUGAACAGCGAAGCGUUACCGGGACCGAAACUGCAAGCGGACAUGUUUAGCAUUCUAGUCAGAUUUCGAAAGGAACUGGUUGCUCUGGUGGGUGACGUAAGUCAAAUGUACCAUCAGCUUGCCCUUACUCUUGAAGACAGGCCACUACACAGGUUUCUAUGGAGAAAUAUGGAUCAGAGCAAGGAACCAGACGUUUACGAAUUCUUGAGAUAUGUGUUCGGAGGGUGUUACUGUCCUUUUUGUGCGCAGUAUGUGUGGCAGAAGCAUGCGGAUGAUCACAGAGCAGAGUAUCCUCUAGCAGCUGAAGCGGUGAAGAACAGUUGUUAUAUGGAUGACCUGAUACCUUCAGUGGAAACGGUGGAAACAGCAAAGGAGAUGCGACAGCAGUUAACCGAGCUUGGAGAUAAAGCAGGAUUUCACAUUCGCAAAUGGAUCUCUCAGAAGCCUGAAGUUAUCAUGGACAUACCAGAAGCUGAUCGAGCAACUAAGGUGGAUCUCGAAAAGAAAGAAUUUCCAGUGACGAAGACCUUGGGAGUCGUGUGGAUUGUUCAGGAAGACAAGUUCUCAUUUUCCUUUGCUCCACCCCCAGACGAAUUGGUAUUAACAAAGAGGAACGUGCUGAAGAAAACGGCCUCAAUUUAUGACCCCUUUGGAUUUCUGACGCCCUUCGUAGUGCGAGCUAAAAUGCUGAUGCAGGAAGCUUGAAUUGAAGCUCUCGGAUGGGAUGAAGAAUUGCCAGAUCAUUUUAAAAUGGAAUGGAAAAGAUGGUUCGGGGAACUUGGAGAACUUGGUGCGGUCCGUGUUUUACGAUGUCUGAAGGAAGACAAGGAACUCCGAGAUGUUACUAUUCACACGUUCAGUGACGCGUCUGAGAAGGCUUAUGCCGCAGCAACGUACGUUCGCCAUGAGUAUGAAGAUGGAACAGUUAGCACAAGAUUAGUCGCAGCAAAGUCAAGGUUGGCGCCAUUGAAGGCCAUGAGCAUUCCGCGGUUAGAACUCAUGGGAGCACUGACUGGUCUCCGACUGACAUUGAAGAUAUGUGCAGCACUGGAGCUUCCUAGGAACAAGGCCACAUUUUGGGUGGACAGCGUAAAUGUCGGGUUUUGGGUCCAAGGACAGAGUCGAAAUUUUAAACCUUUUGUAUCCCACCGGGUUUGGGAAAUUCAUGACGAGAGCAGUCCAGACCAAUGGCGGUACGUUCCUACGAAACUCAACCCUGCGGAUCAAGGGACUCGAGGAGCUUCAGUUCAAGAGCUAGUUAAGGAUGACUGCUGGUGGUAUAGACCCCCGUUUCCAAAACGUAGAGAAGAUGAGUGGCCAGAGAGGAAAUUUGGAAAAGCCCCAGAAGCUUACAAAGAAGUUAAAUCAGAGAAACGAGAACAGCUCGUGGAAAAGGAGCUAAGCAUGAAUGCACAGAGCUAUUACGUGGAAACAGUCAAACCAAAGAGCACACCAGACCCAAUGGAGUAUUCAAAAUGGUACAGAACCAAGCCAAAAGGAAAGCUGGAGAUCGGAAUGUCUUUGGUGCGGGUGACUGGUUGGAUUAAUCGAUUCUUAGCAAAUGCCAAAAAGCCUCAAAACGAUCGAGAAAGUGGGGAGUUGAACCCAAGGGAACUUAAUCAAGCAGAAGAGCAAAUCAUCAGGGCGGCUCAGCAAAAGUGCUUUCCUGACGAGAUAAGAGCACUUGAAAACAACAAGCCUCUCCCUAGUAAGAGUACGUUACUAAAGAUUACACCAAAGUUAUGUGGGGGACUCCUUCGAUCAAACACGCGACUGCGAUAUUCAGAUGAUUUGCCAGAAGAGACGAAGUUUCCAAUCAUCCUUCCAAAGAAUCACAUCGUUACCAAGUUAAUCGUGAAGUAUCACCAUGAGAGGGAAGGUCACGAGAUGGGAGUGAACUUUACAUUAAACCAUUUACGAGAGAAAUACUUUGUGAUUCAAGGACGACAACAAGUGAAGAAAUGUAUCAAGGAAUGCGCGGAAUGUAACCGAAGAUCCAGGGGCUGUCCAGCACAACAACAAAUGGCACCAUUACCUAGAAUUCGAUUAGAGAUGACUCAGAAACCAUUUGCAAAUUGUGCGACAGAUUUUGCAGGACCAUUCUACACGAUGCAAGGACGAGGUAGACCACGAGUGAAGCGCUACCUUUGCUUAUUUGUGUGUUUACAGACACACUGUUGUCAUUUGGAAAUGGCUGCUUCCCUGGAGACGGAUGCUUUCUUAAAUGCGCUGACGCGUAUGGUGGCUAGACGAGGGUGGCCUAAGUUGAUGCUCAGUGACAAUGGAAGUAAUUACGUGGGAGCAGCACGAGAAAUCAAGGAGUUAGUGGAUAGCAUGGACCAAGAAAAAAUUCAAAGGCUUACUUCCAACCAAGGAAUUGAGUGGCAGUUUAACCUACCGGAACCGCCACACUUUGGCGGUGUCUUCGAAAGAAUGAUCAAGUCAGCCAAGAGGGCAAUUUAUGCAAUUUUGAACGAAGCUGAUGUCAAUGAUGAAGAAUUACAAACCGUGUUUACUGGAGCCGAAAGUUUGUUAAAUUCGAGGCCUUUAACUACAGUUAGUGGAGAUGUCAAUGACGAGCCUGUGCUAACCCCAAACCAUUUCUUAAUUGGCCAAAUGGGUGGAGAGCUAGCCCCAGACACAGUCGAUACGACGGCAGUCAGUGUGCGUAGACGAUGGAGACGAAUACAGGAACUGAUUCGUAGAGUAUGGAGUCGUUGGAUGAGAGAGUAUUUGCCAAGUAUUGGAUCCCGGCAAAAGUGGUUCCAACCUUCAAAGAAUCUAACAGUGGGGGACGUGGUGUUGGUAAUUGAUCCAGACGCACCAAGACGGGAUUGGAAGCUUGGACGAAUAGAGGCAGUGCAUCCUGGUAAAGAUGGACUAGUACGAGUCGUAGACGUUAGAACCAAAGGAGGGGUGAAACGAAGACCAAUUUCCAGAAUUUCACCGUUGGAAUUUGAAGAUUACUAAGUGACCGGACGGAACAGUGAACUAACUAGCUAUGGUCGUAAAGAUUUGCAUCAUGAACACUUGUAGGAACAGUUGAACAGUUCAUGAUUUGUUUAGUCAGAGAAUUUUAAGUCUAAACCUGACAGAUUGAACAUUUUAACAUUUGACAUUUGAACAUUUGAAUUUUAACAUUUGAACAGUUAUUGAAACAUUUGAACAUUUUGCGUUAUGUUUGUAAAAGAGAUCGAUUGAAGUGUUGGAUUUUCAGUCAAAUGUAAAUCCAGGAGGGGGAAAAUGUUAAGGAUUAUUUCUUGUGCCUUUUUUCUGAAAGAAUUGUUUGUAAGAGCGAACCGGAAGUGCAUUUUUACCGGAAAUUACGUUACGUGCGGGAAGAUUGACAGUUUCAAAUAAAAGUCCCCGGAUUUAGGGGACGAGCGCUUACGCCAUGAAAAAAAAUCUUGUGUGGAUGUUUUUUUGUCUUUUUUACGGGAUUUUUUCAAUGGGAACUCUGGACUUUUUUAGGAAGAGGACUGAGAAAAUUUAGGAACCUAAGGAGAAACAUUCGGCUUUUAUCAAUUUUAAAGUUUUUUGUUUAUUGUUGUCAUAGUAAUAUCGAUUUUACUUAAAACUACAUUUUCACAAAUUUCAAUCCAUAGCCAAUUACUGGUGAAAAUUUUAUAGCGAUCAGACAAGGAAAAAAACACUUUUAAGGCGAUUGAAAAAUAUCGGUAUGACCUCUGAAAAACUGUAUCGAAACACCUUAAUUAAUUGAAUGGUGAAGCUACGCUAACAUGAAAACCAAGAAAAAACUUAUUUAUUAACUAUUCAAAUGAAAAGGUUUGUUGGAUGCAUUGUUUUUUCCUUGGUGUUUGGAUGUCGGAUGAAACACGACGUGUUUCAUAGAAAACGUUAAGAAGAAGAGUCGGAGUCUGUAACUGUAAAAUGGAUCCACCGAAGCGACCGUUCAUUCUCCAGUAUGUGUUCCUUUAUUAGGUAUGGGAGCUUGGAGAGUAAACACAGCUCACAAGAAAACGUUGUAAGUUUUCAAAAAUUGCUGCAGUUCUUAAUUUUAUACCUUUCACUUUAUGCCAAAAAUCAACUAUGAAAUCUUCAGACUAAAGCUAAAUUAUUAAGAAGAACCUUUUAUGUUUUUUUUUUCUUUUUCAGAAACUUAGCGGAAAGGCUCAAUAUCUCGAUGCUUAAAAUGCCUCCUUUGAGCAUUGACUAUUUAGAAGGCAGAGGAAUAUAUGCUGACAACCACCAGUCCUUCAAGGAAAAAGCCUUUCCCACUCUCAUGUCCACUGUCUUUGCUAACAUGACUCCUUCUCAGAUGUUUGCGUUUGCUUGGAGGAACAUGUCCAAAGAGAAAGCUUUAGAGUAUCCCUCUUACCACAAUUUCCUUUGCCAGCGAGUUGGAAGUGAAGGAUGUGCCUUUUUAAAUCUGAUUUAUGGAAUAAAAAUGAAUCAUAAUAUGGAGAGAAACACGCUGACUAUAUACGAGAUUAAAAACGGAAUGAAGUCUACAUCUGAAUACGUUAGACCAAGAGGUGGAUUAUCCGAAAUUGUGGAUGCUUUAGCGAAAUCUGUGAAGCGUUUUGGGGUUAGAAUGUACCAAAAGGAAGCUGUGAGCUCAAUCAACAGAGACGGAGAACCAAACACGUUUGUAGUCCGUACUGAACAUUACCUUGUAUCGGCUAAAAAGGUUAUUGUUGCUAUCCCAUUUUUGCCCUUAAAAGAGGUAAACGGUGAUAUCGCCUUUGAAAUCAAAAAUCAUGCUUAUUUCACACCUAUCAUUGGUCAAAAAUGCUUCAAAGCAGUGGCGAUUUACAAGCAUCCCUGGUGGGAAAACGCAACGUCGAUCCAUAAGAUGUCGUUGAAGACCUGGAAAAGAUACGUAUCAAGUGCUACUUGUUUGAUGUAUAUGAUGCCUUAUAGGUAAGAUGAAAGAAAAUCAUCCCACUAUAUAAUUUUACCGGGGACAAAGUAACCUUUUAUGAUCGGAGCCGGAGAGGAAUAUUUUUCAGUUUCAUUGGCCUGAUCCUGGCUGGGUAAGGAGAAACUUUUAUCAAGGUGGGCUCAUCUCAGGGUUUUCAUGAUGCUUACUCUUGCAUAAGAUUAAAACUGACUGGAGUUAUAUUGGCCACUUAGCUGUUGCUUUGAGACUGGCCAGGUCAACUUUGUGUCCAAUUGGAGGGUUCCCGAUAGGUUUUUUGGGAUCCAGCGGGAUUUGCCUUAUUUGAGGGCCGGGAUGCUGGAAUUUAAACCAAAAUGAGAGCAAGGCUCUUGCUUGAAAUUAGCUGACUUUUCUUUCGAAAGGUAAAAAAUGUCGCGAGAAAAGUAAAAAAUAAUUUUAAAAAUGCUAAAAAAUGAAAAGUUGCCGAAACGUUGCUGAGCAACUUGUGGCUAAGCCUAUUGCCAAGCUCUGCCUAGCUGAUAAAGCACUAUCAUUUAAAUGAAGAUAUGAUCAUUGCGGUUGCCAUAGUGAUUUAAGCAAUUGCAAAUUAAGCUCCCCCCCCCUCCUACCAAAAAACAAAUACAACAACAAUAACGGAUUUUCAACGAGAUUCAAGCAUAUGCACUCUAGAUCUUUGUUAGCGCUGAACUACCCCACCGACUGAGAAAGAAGACCCAUACAUUGUCAGCAGGCCAAUUUGCGACCUCGUCGAUCCCCAAGGCUUUCCGUCCCUCAAUUUUCUAAGGGAAAAGUCAUGCGGACGAAGUUGGCCAGUUUGUUGAGUUCUUCUUAACCCGCGAAAGGAAUAAAACACAAACAUCAAGAUUAUGUGAACCGGGCAAAUGAAGACAUGACCGUGGUUCACGUCAUCUUCAUUCUAAAGUUAGCACUAUCUGUUACUAAUGCCGCAAAUUUCUAAUUGCCAAGUUUCUCUUUCUUUGCAUUUUAGCCGAGGACCUCAAGGUGAAGGCAUCAUUCAACUAAGCUACAAUUAUUUCGACUGCGCAGUGAAAUGGGGCCAGCUUUCCAAAUUACCUAGAGCCACGUUCCUAUCGGAAUUGAAUAAAGCUGUACAGGCGGUGUUUCCAGGAAUGGUUGUUCCGAAACCGCUUGACGUCAAAUUCAAGUACUGGGAAGCGUGCUGGCAAGUAUUAGAUUAAUUAAAUCGAUUGUGAAAACAUCUAGAUUCACAGCAACAAGCCCCUAAAAAACUAUGGGUCAAACAGACUGGAAUCAAAGAAUGAUCCCCUGCUAGAGAUCUCUCACAGUAAGAGAGGAAGGAGCCUGGGGAAAAGGCCUCUGCCAACCCCCGACGCGUGACCUGUGUAGCUGGCGAAAUCAGGGAGCUUUAGCAACGACGACGGCGACGGCAACCAGGACGUCAAAAAAGCAAUAGGUUUAGAUUGGCAAAACGACAAUUCAUCACGUGCAUCACGCUUUUUUGUACAUUUCUUCACCCUCCUUGCACGAAUACGACUUGAAAAUGCCUAAUUGCAAGUUUUAUGGAGGACGUAAACAAGCGACGACGAAUCUCUUUUUCUCUCUCUAAACUUGAGUGCGGUCCUCAAGAAAUCAACUCCAGGGAAAUUCGCCUACACUUGCCAUUUUCAGCAAAUUGGAAUAAACGCUACAAAUAUUGAAAAUAAGGGAAUUCAUUUUAAACCUGACGUUUUCGCUGCCAUUGCCGUUGUCGAUGCUAAAGCUCCCUAUUGUUUUUGCGCGUGUGAGAGUUUUGGCCAUUGUCGGGGACUUUGCUGCGAGAAGCGACCUCCCCAUUCUCCGUACGGCUUUGCAGUUCCUCUGCCAAAAACUUUGCUCAUGCUAAAUAACACUCCUGCCGGGUACCCAGGCCACCGCGCGUUCUUUUAUGUAGCCACCGACCACAUCUGUGCUCAAAACUUACAACUUUUCAAAACCAGUUUCGUUCAAUAUGGAAUGCGCGUGCCUUUAGACCGCACGCGAUACAUCAAAGACUGCUUGGUGCUCACUUGCAAAUUUUUUUAACACGACUCUCUUCGUCUGCAUUAAUUCUUGAAAGAAAAGGAGUUUAAAAAUGGGAUGAAUCAGUCUCUCACGCUGUGACACGUCCUAAAGAAAUUUGUAGCCUUAAGACUCCAGCCUGGAUCCCAGAACUUUUCCCUUAGAAGGUGGCCUUUCCCAUUUUCUAGGGAAAAAACCCGGGGGGGUACUCCUGGAAUUCUCCGUGGGCGUAUGCCACCCUGUUCUCCAAAUCCUGACCCUAUUUCAGACGAGAAAAUGUCAUUUUUCGCACCCGUUUUCAGACCUGGCCUCUAAGAAAUCAUGUCGUCAUUACUUAGAUUAGAGAACAACAUAAAAGAUUUCUUAAAAUUCAUUUCGAAUUCGCAUAUUUCUCUUUCUUUCUUACUUAUUUGGAAUUGAAGCUACUAUAAAUACGAUCAUACACUUCCGUAGUUCCCUCGAAAACGGCAUACCCGAUUCCAGACCGAAAUGGAAAAAGUCUAUACCAGUUUUCAGACAAAAACGGUGCAAAAAACGUAACCUAUAGGGCAGCAUAUACCUACAUGGGUUGUAUGAGGGCGUACCUCCCCGGCUAAAAAUUCUCAAAUUCUCUAGUGAUUUUACAUGUUAUGCUGUAUUCAUUUAAAACCUGCGCACUGCAUACCUUAUGAUUCUGUAAGGGGCGGGCGUUAAGGGUACGGGCGCUUGUCUAAAGAGUGGCGCUGAUUCGAGCAUUUACGUAAUGUUUUAGGCAUUUCACAAAGGCAGGAUCUAACGUCAGCCGUCAAGAUACAGAGGAAUGGGCCAAGCGCCCUUUUCCAGGAGAGGAGAUAUACAUCGUCGGUGAAGCGUUUGCGGUGAUCGUGGGAUGGAAUGAAGGAGCCCUCCAAACAGCAUACAAAGCACUAAAGGAAGGAUGGGGAAUAGAAGAACCAGAACCUUAAUUGAAAGAUUCAUCAUAGAGCAUAGGGCAGGAUUCAGGAUACUUUUUAGAUGAAGGAUCAAAACUUUGCUCACUGUUAAUAGCCUGGGAUGGGUUGUUCGAAGCUCAGUUGAGGUAAUCCAGGGUUAGUGCGAAAUUUGAACUCGGAUAUGAGAGCUUACAAAGCAAUUUCAGUGUAAUUCUCUUUGCGUACAAUUUCAUGAUUGGAUACCCUAAAAAGAAUAAAGAAAGUUAUCCCAGGAGC